UAAUGCAUGUUAUUUCCAAUUUACCAUAAUGCCCCCGCAGUCCCAGUCCUCCUUGUGCAUGUGCACUUCUGAACUGCCCCCAACUUCAUAGGCACGCACGAGACCCACCUGAGUAUCUGUAACCGGUAACAGACACCAAGGCAAGAAGGAAGAUAGAUAGAGAGAUGGGGUGGGCAAUAGCACUCCACGGCGGUGCAGGCGACAUCCCGCUCUCUCUGCCGCAGGAGCGCCGCCUGCCUCGCGAGGCCGGCCUCCGCUACUGCCUCCACAUCGGCGUUGAAGCUCUCAAAGCCAACACCCCCACUUUAGACGUCGUUGAGCUUGUGGUUCGUGAGUUAGAGAACAUUCCACACUUUAAUGCUGGUAAAGGGUCUGUCUUGACCACCCAAGGCACAGUUGAAAUGGAAGCUUGCAUCAUGGAUGGAACCAAGAGAUGUGGAGCUGUUUCUGGGCUCACCACUGUUGUCAAUCCCAUAUCUUUAGCAAGACUGGUCAUGGAGAAAACUCCUCACAUUUAUCUUGCAUUUGAUGGAGCAGAGGCCUUUGCAAGGGGACAAGGUGUUGAGACUGUAGAUUCAAGUCAUUUCAUUACCCCAGAGAAUGUUGAGAGGCUGAAGCAGGCAAAAGAAGCCAACAGAGUGCAGAUUGAUUAUACACAACCCCUUCACAAAGAUGAGAAGAAAGAAACACCAGAAGCUGAUGGGGAUAGUAAACUUGGGACGGUUGGAUGCGUGGCUGUCGAUAGUCUCGGGAAUUUAGCUUCUGCAACUUCUACUGGCGGAUUAGUGAACAAGAUGGUUGGUCGGAUUGGGGACACACCCAUCAUUGGUGCAGGGACAUAUGCCAACAGUCUCUGUGCAGUUUCUGCCACGGGCAAAGGUGAAGCGAUAAUCCGUGGUACGGUUGCAAGGGAUGUAGCAGCUCUUAUGGAGUUCAAGGGAGUUUCUCUCAAAGAAGCUGCAGCUUAUGUUGUGGAGGAGGGCACUCCAAAAGGCACUGUAGGUUUGGUUGCUGUAUCUGCCACAGGGGAAGUGACAAUGCCUUUCAAUACUACAGGCAUGUUCCGAGCUUGCGCUACUGAGGAUGGGUAUUCAGAGAUUGGAAUAUGGCCUUCUGUGCAUAAUUGAGUUGUUGCUUCGGUGAGCUUCCAUUGUUUGAAUCCAGGACAAUUCCCAUACUUGACAUAUGGGAAAUGAUUAGCAUUUAUUGCUUUUGUGCUAUAAUGUCUAUCUAGUAUUCAAUUUUUAGUGGUUGUAUUGCUUGGACCCCUAUCUAAAUAUCUUUGUGGUAUUAACAUUUUCAACAAAGUUGACUGAAAUUGCAACAUUUUCUACUGCUA